AUGGGGAAGACAGCAGUGUACGUCCUGUCCACUCUGCACCAAUUGGAGAAUUCGUGCACAGAUGUGAACACUCUUGUGUUGUGUCACACUCGGGAAUUGGCCUUCCAAAUAUCCAAGGAAUAUCAGCGAUUCUCCAAGUAUUUGCCGAAUGUGAGAGUGGCCGUGUGUUUCGGAGGGAUUCCAAUCCAGUCGGACAUAAAAAAUUUGAAGAAAAAGCCGCAAGUGGUGGUCGGCACUCCUGGAAGGAUUCUGCAGUUGGUGGUGGAAAAACACCUCAAUUUGAAAAAAUGUCAGCACUUUGUGGUGGACGAAUGUGACAAAGUCUUGGGCAAGACGGACAUGCGAUCAGACGUCCAGGACAUAUUCCGAAAGACUCCCCACGACAAGCAAGUGAUUAUGUUCAGUGCUACUCUCCCCAAAUCAAUCCGACCUGUGUGUCUCAAGUUCAUGCAAGACGUGAGUGUGUCUAACUAA